AACUCCCGCCCCGACAGUCCCCGCGGCCCCGGCACUCCCCCUCGCACGGUGCGGGCCACGAACGAGCCAGGCGGGGUCCGUGUGAACUGUAGCUUAGCAACACCCCCCGCCUCCUCUCCGCCGUGCCGAGGGUCUGAUGUGUCCCGCUGGCUCACCCCGCGGUUCCCGAGGCCGGCUCGCCCCGCUCCCCGCCAGAGGGUGGCAGAGGCACGGGCACAGCCGCAGGGGAACACCUGGAUUCCUGUGACUUGCCCUGAAUGUUGCCACUAAAUUACGAUUUUAUACCAGACAUCCCUUUGCUAAAACGAGAAACAUUAAGACAACAAGUUUUUUGUACCCCCGACAACCUCAGAUCUGUGUCACUCCAUCCAACACCCCAAACAUGCUUCGCCAACAUUUGGCGGUGGUGACCACUGGGCUAUAUUUCAGCAUGCCGCGGCAGCUACGCAGAUGUCUAAACCAAACCCUUCUCAAAAAGAUGGCACGUCAGGGGCUGGGAGGAAUCCGCAAUGAGAUGGGAGGAGGAGAAACAGCCCGAUGGAGCCACAGAAUUCCAUCCCGUGAGGGGGGUGCUGGGCAGCGCAAUGAGCAGCAGGGACAUGUCCUUCUUGAAGGACUCAAGGGAAGAGCAAAAACUAACAAGCCCGUUUUUUGAAGGAAAUCGGCCAACUGACAGAAUUAAGUAGUCAGGGCGAUUGCUUUGUCGAGUAUAAUUACUGUCUAGGAACCAGACGUGUAACAAAAACACCGAGGGCACAAAGACUAACUUUUAAACAUAGCUUUACAGGUAUUAGUGGCCCUAGCUAACAUGACCUUUUUCCAUCUAUUCAGGCUAUCAUUUUUAAGGUGUUUUCAACCAAUCAGGCAAAACAUUUGCUCAGUGCCGAACGCGAGAAAUAAUAAUACGACUCUAGCCGUCUUUAUAAACGUAAACAAACAGUCAUAGGAAAUCGUGGCAGGAUUGCAGUACAAAAAGUCAAUGAGAGAUCACGCAAAGAACUCCUAAGCCAUCAGUCACUGCGAGACGCGACCCGGCCUGGUCUUUGCCCGGCAGGCACAUAGCACGGGCUCUUACUCCUUCCCUUCUGGCUUUCCAGAAGCGCGUGUGUCUGGAGCAAACAGCCAUGGUUUACCAUGAAUAUUUACAUCCUCGUAGAAUCUGAAGCCCGCCAAGGGAAGGAGCCAGACAAUGAAGGCCAGCGAGCUUUCCGUGGCACGCUGGAAAUACGACUCGUUCCGUUCCCCCGAGCUGCCCGGCGGCGCCUCCCGCCCCUGCGCGCCCCGCUCAGCACCGCGGACAGCGCCCGGCCCCGCGGGGGGAGCGGCACGGCCGGGGCUCAGGGAACAGCCCCGCACGGCCCCGGGCGGGUGCGCAGCCCCCUCGCUCCCUCCCGGCCGGGCAGGAACGUGCCGACAGUGAAGCCCCCGAGCUCGGCCCCGCUCCUGCCCCGCGGCCCCUCUGGGUGUCGCUGUGUCUCAAGCCCAGACGCUGCACCGAGCCCUGCGCGGAGCCCGCCCGCCGCCGCUGAGGCUGCUCCGAGCCUGGACUGGCCGCUCUCUGUUCGUCCCAGCCCCGCCGGCUACAGGGGGAAAGCAGCCGACCCUGGGGCUCCGCGGGUCCCUGCCUCGCUCAUCUACAGCGUGGCUGUACAGGACGCAUGGAAACGCUUGGUAACUCUCGUUUACAAGGGACCUCUUUGAAAAUCCGACCGAAACUCGAAACACUCCAGCUCCGGAAGCUUCAUUCAGAACUCCAACUGAAACCUUUGAAACACCCUUGCCAGGUGCACACGCCCAGACGAGGCCACUCAGAGAGUCCCUUCCCUGAGGCUCGAAUGCACUCUAGGCACAGAAUCUCUUCGCAGGCUGGAGACCCCAGAAGACUUGGCUUUCGCUUUGAACCCAGAUGUUUACUGCAGAUGUGAAACACAGGAAAAACCCCUGACGCAUAGUAUCAGCAAGGCAGUAACAUGCAGAUCUAUAACUCCCUUAGCUGAAGCUUGUAAGCAGCACAUCAGUUAGAACUCACCUAAAAAGCCAGACUAUGAGGUAUCUCUUAAGUUCACCUCCAUCGACAAACUGGACGUGCUAAAAUAUGAAUCUUGAGUACCCUGAGUGGGCACAGGAAUGAAAAUGAUGCAAUAAAUAUCUUCAGCAACAAAGAUCAGUCAAUGAUUAUGCAGUGUUUAUAACUGUGGACAUAUAAACAAUGACUGCAAAGCAGAAGAAAAUUGUUUAUUAUUUGUAUUGCAGCCUGUCAUUUUCAAAUGAAAAGUCAUCCUGUUCAGAGCUGCAUCCAGUAUUUUAAGAGACAUGAGCUCCUACUUCCUACACUGUAAGGAGUUCACAAUGUAACUAUAUGCCAAGGGAAAAUCAAAUAGAGAAAACUGCAGUGUGCCAUAAUCUUUCUUGUUUCUUCGUAUUCUGAACUAUAGUCAUGUUAUUUAUGCAUUUAUCUGCAGACAGGGCAGUAAAUUUGCCUUCUGGUGACUAU